AUGCAAGAAAUGAGUCAGCAGCAAGCUCUGAUUAUGAUCCAAAGAAUGGUGAAACUCCCUCCUCUUCAAGCCUUAUCACUCUUCAACUCAUCAAUUUAUCAAGGCAUGCAACACACUCACCACUCCAUUUCUUUCCUUCUCCAACACCUCCUUAACCAUCACAACCUACACCAUGCACAAUCCCUACUCCUCCAAAUACUUUCCAACAAAAUCUCCUCUCCCUUUUUCACUGCCUCAUCUCUUCUCCAACAUUUAACACAAAACCAAAACCUAAGAAUAACUAAUGCUCUUCUCUAUGAAUCAAUCAUCAAUGCCCAUCUUAAAUCUCACUUAGUAGAUAAAGCUCUCUUCUUUUUCAAGGAAAUGGUUGAUAAAGGCCUUGUCUUUCGACCUAACACUUUUAAUUAUAUCUUGGGUUAUCUUGUGAAAUCAAAUUGUUUUGAGAAAUCUUGGUUGGUUUUUAAUGAAUUUAAAGAGAGGGUUAAGUUUGAUGCCUAUAGUUUUGGGAUAAUGAUAAAAGGUUGUUGUGAAAAAGGUGAAUUGGAUAAAAGUUUUCAACUUUUGGUUCAAUUACAAGACAACGGUUUCUCUCCUAAUGUUGUUAUUUACACUACUUUGAUUGAUGGUUGUUGUAAGAUCGGCGAUGUUGAAAGAGCUAGGUUGUUGUUUGAUCAGAUGGAAGAGAUGGGUUUGGUUGCUAAUCAGUAUACUUAUACAGUUUUGAUUAAUGGGUUGUUUAAGAAAGGACUUAAGAAAGAUGGGUUUGAUUUGUUUGAGAAGAUGAAGCUUAAUGGGGUGUUUCCCAAUUUGUACACAUAUAAUUGUUUGAUCAAUGAGUAUUGCAACGAGGGAAAAAUAUGGAGAGCCUUUGAAUUGUUUGAUGAAAUGCGUGAGAGAGGUGUGGAAUCAAAUGUUGUCACGUAUAAUACUUUGAUUGGUGGCAUGUGCAGUGAGGAGAGGGUUUGGGAGGCUGAGAAGUUGGUGGAUCAAAUGAAGAGAGCUACUGUCAGUCCUAAUUUAAUCACGUAUAACACACUAAUAGGUGGAUUUUGUAAUGUUGGGAAUUUGGAUAAGGCUUCAAGUUUACUUGACCAAUUAAAGUCAAAUGGUCAGUCUCCAUCUUUGGUGACCUACAAUCUUCUCAUUGAAGGGUAUUCCAAUGCUGGAAAUUGGGCAGGAGUUGCUGAUUUAGCAAGGGAGAUGGAGGAGAGAGGCAUUUCUCCUUCUAAAGUGACAUGCACAGUUUUAAUUAACGCUUAUGUUCGAUUGGAGGAAAUGGAGAAAGCUUUUCAAGUUUAUUCCUCCAUGGAGAAGUUUAGUUUGGUUCCUGAUGUCUAUGUCUAUGGUGUGUUAAUACAUGGUUUGUGCAUGAAAGGUAACAUGAAAGAAGCUUCAAAACUGUUUAGAUCAAUGGGUGAAAUGCAUUUGGAACCUAGUGAUGUGAUAUACAAUACAAUGAUCCUUGGUUACUGCAACGAGGACAACUGCUAUAGAGCCUUGACAUUGCUUCGAGAAAUGGAUGUUAAAGGGUUGAUUCCAAAUGUGGCUAGCUACAAUUCUGUCAUAGGAAUUCUGUGCAAGGAUGGGAAGUGGCAAGAGGCUGAGGUUUUGUUAGACAAGAUGAUACAAUUGCGAUUAAAACCAUCAGUUUCCAUCUUAAACAUGAUCUCCAAAGCCAAAAAUCUUUCAGAAUUGAAGAUUUGA